AUGCCUACAGGAGAAGGCAUGUUCCUUCAUAAAAAUGGAAUGGAGUCUCUUGAAGUUACCCAGGGUUUUGAGAUUGAUGUGGAACGGGUGAGAGUGCAGAUCCCAGAUGAUCGACUCCCAUCAUCCAUUACAUCUCCACCUGUCAUGCCUCUUCUUAUGAAUGUCCCAGCUUUGACAUUGGUCAGGGAUUGCUCUGGAGUCUUCCACACCUUUCCUUUGGACACAGCUGAGCGAGGACAGACAUCCUGUGCAUCACAGACAAACCCAUGCCCCUACCCUGAGCCUAAUCACAUUGGAGCAAAAGGCAGCUCAAUGCAAACACUCCAGACUCUGAGGGCCGAGAAAGCAGAACUAUUGGAACGGGUGCAUAUUUUAGAAAAGCAGCUUGAAACGUCCCAGCGACACCUUCGUACCAGUGAAGAGGAGAAGAUCUCUCUCCUCCAGACCAUGAAAUUCCUUCAAGAGGAACUUAAGCAGAAGCAGUGAUCCCCUGUGAUUUUAGGUCCUCACACACUCAUCCUGCCUCACAGCAUGGGCCCUUCCCUUUUAUAAGCUCAGUUAUGUUUUUCAGACAUUGAAGUUUGAUCUUCCUAUUUUUUAUGUGUGAUCUUGGUGUCAGCAUAAUUGUCUUUCAUGACCGUGCAAGCUUAAUCCUGCCAUCUCACACAUCAAAAUAUAUCCCAGCUCUCUAGCUCCAUGGUUGUGUUGUAAAGAGAGCACAAAGGCUCUUGAGCAUUAAAUGCUCUUGUUGCACAAAAAUGAUUUCAACUUUUGCUCCUGUUAUAUAGAGGAGUCUUUCAAAUGUUUUUCUGAGAAGAAUAUUGGAAAUUGUCACGCAAAUUUGCCAUCAGAAGGCCAAAUAUCAACAAUGAAUUCAUAUUUUUAGUAAUUUUCAUUUCAUGACUAAAACUUGUGUCUUCCCUCAUUAAGUUCAUCCACAGUAUAUGGACAGCAGCAACAAAUGAUACACAUCUCUGUAUUUGGUGUUCAUAAUGCCUACAUCCCAGUACUUAUUUAUGAUUAUUUGGAGCUUGGUUUUGGUUUCUCCUUGAUUCUUCAGCUGUUUUUCUUUUGUGGCUUGGUUUUUGUUUUCUCCUUGAUUCUUCUGCCACUUCUUCUGUCUCUGCUUCUAUCUUCUUGAUUUUACAUAACACCUGCUAAAAAAUAAUAGAGAAAACCUGACAUACAAUUGUGCCAAAUUGCAUCCAUAGGCAUUAUUCUCUCUGGGCAUUUCUUACCUCCUAUAUCUGGCUAGACCAUGAAGAAAAUAUCUUUUUGGAAAUCCUUGUUCAAGUUCCCUUGUGGCAAAUAUUCCAUGUGCUGACAAUGUGCACAGUUCAUGUUUACAAAAUUUGAUUUGGGUGAUUGAGGUCUUUGAUGAAUAUAUGUUGUUGAUCACAGUGUACCUAGGUAAUUGAUCAUAAAUCUACAAGAUAAUAUUUUUCUCAAAUUGUGUGUUAAUCAAGACAUAUCAGUAUUAAUUUCACUCGGUGCAUCAUGGUUAACUCUUAUCAUACCCAUGUGAUUCAACAAUCAAUCCCACUGCAGCAUUUGUGCAUAUGCUCAUCUUCCAUCCUGUGUUUUUUGUGGUCAUCCUCAAUGUUACUGUGAUAUUUUGUUGGCCGAGCUUGCAUAUUUGCCAUUCCUGGUGUUCCCCUCACGCAUAAUCAUCCUUCCAUUCAUUUGAUGUUGCAAGGUUUUCCAUCGUGUACUUGAUGUUCAUGAGAGGAGAGAGGGAAGAAAUUUCAUCUAUCUGGUUUCUUUGCAAGAGCCUUUUAUUGUUGCAUGAUAUAUCACAG